ACGCACAAGUUGACGUCAUCGUCAACACGGAAGUAGUCGGGUGGCGUCGUUUUAACAGCUACUGGAGGCUUUGUAGGCGAAUUAACGGCUUUUGUUCGUUUUACACUUUUGCUUUCAGCGGUUGUUGUCGAACCAGCGUGGAAGCCAUGAACGUGACGCUGGCGGUGAAACAAUACAUCUCCAAGAUGAUCGAGGACAGCGGGGCAGGGAUGAAAGUGCUGCUCAUGGACAAGGAGACGACCAGCAUAGUGAGUAUGGUGUACACACAAUCUGAGAUCCUGCAGAAGGAGGUCUACCUCUUUGAGCGCAUUGACUCUCAAAACAGAGAAAGUAUGAAACACUUAAAGGCCAUCUGCUUCCUCAGACCGACUAAGGAGAACGUGGAACAUCUCAUUCAGGAGCUGAGGAGACCAAAGUACAGUGUCUACUUCAUCUACUUCAGUAAUGUGAUCAGUAAGAGUGAGAUCAAAGCUCUCGCUGAGGCUGACGAACAGGAAGUGGUCGCUGAAGUGCAGGAGUUUUACGGAGACUUCAUUGCUGUCAAUCCUCACCUGUUCUCCCUCAACCUGCAGGGCGUGGUCAGGGGGCGGAGCUGGGAGCCAUCCAUGUUGUCCCGCUGCACGCAGGGCCUGACCUCCGUCCUGCUGGCCCUUAAGAAAUGUCCUAUGAUCCGCUACCAGCUGUCCUCAGACAUGUCCAAACGUCUGGCCGAGAGCGUUAAGCAAAUCAUCACCAAGGAGUACGAGCUGUUCGACUUCAGGAAGACUGAAGUCCCGCCCCUGUUGCUCAUCCUGGACCGCAGUGAUGACGCCAUCACGCCACUGCUCAACCAAUGGACCUACCAGGCCAUGGUGCACGAGCUGCUGGGUAUUAACAACAACCGCAUCGACCUGUCCAGAGUUCCCGGCAUCAGCAAAGACCUGCGUGAGGUGGUCCUGUCCGCCGAAAAUGAUGAGUUCUACGCUAACAACCUGUACUUGAACUUUGGCGAGAUUGGCACCAACAUCAAGAACCUGAUGGAGGACUUUCAGAAGAAAAGACCAAAAGGCCAGCAGAAGCUGGAGUCUAUCUCUGACAUGAAGGCGUUCGUGGACAAUUACCCCCAAUUUAAGAAGAUGUCAGGCACCGUGUCCAAACACGUGACUGUGGUGGGCGAGCUGUCCCGCCUGGUGUCAGAGCGUCACCUGAUGGAGGUGUCUGAGGUGGAGCAGGAGCUGGCAGGUCAGAACGACCACUCCAGCGCUCAGCAGAGCGUGCGUCGCCUGCUUCAGAACCCCCGCGUGUCUGAGCUGGACGCCGUUCGUUUGGUCAUGCUCUACGCUCUCAGGUACGAGCGCCACAGCAGCAGCAUUCUUCCCGCUCUCAUAGAGGAGCUGAGCCGAAGGGGCGUGUCAGAUCGCCACCGCAAGAUGGUGUCAUGUAUGGUGGAGUACGGCGGGAAGCGUGUAAGAGGAAGUGACCUCAUCACGCCAACAGAUGCUGUGGCCAUCACCAAGCAGUUUUUCAAAGGCCUCAAGGGUGUGGAGAACGUGUACACACAACAUCAGCCUCUUCUUCACGACACUUUGGAUCAGCUAGUCAAAGGACGCCUAAAAGACAGUCAGUUUCCUUAUCUUGGAGCCAGCAGCCUCAGAGACAGACCCCAGGACAUAGUGGUGUUUGUGAUCGGAGGUGCCACUUACGAAGAAGCUCUGACUGUUUACAACAUGAACCGCAGCACGCCGGGUGUACGCAUGGUGCUGGGAGGAAGCAGCGUACUCAACACUAAGAGUUUCCUGGAGGAAGUGAUGUCCGCGAUGAGUAGCAGCAGCGACAAAGCCUAUGGCGGCGGUCGCCGUAGCAACCGACACUGAACACCCACGAACACAAAAGCGACAUUCCUCGUUGUCGUGAAAUAGUGUCUCUAAUGGCUGAAAAGCAAAUAUUCUUGUAUUUAUCAUUUUUUGUGUUUAUUUAAUGUGAAUCAAUGACAAAAUUUCACAUUGUUUAAGUGCAAUGUAUAGGUGAUUUUAUUUGUAUUUUUAGGGCUGUCAUAAUUAACGCAGUAAUAACGACGUAAAAAAAAAAUCCUCUAAUGGCACUUUUUUUUCUCCAUAGAUACGUAUAUCAAUUGAAAAUUAUAGAACGGAACACAAUUUCUGGCAGGCUGAAAUUAUAUGUAUAUUCCCCUUAUAACAUGUUCUGGUUAAUAAUACUCCAUAAAGAGUGUUUAACAGGCUGAUCACAUUGCUGUAUUACUGCAGCAAUAUGAAUACCUUUAACUUAUACAACGCAUAACAUACAGAAUAUCAAAAGCAUUUAUUUAGGUACAAUAUCACAGAUUGUGUUGUUAAUGCGCCAAAAUGGCAUGUAAACAGAAGUGUAGCUCCACCCCUUUAAUGCGAGCGCUCUAGCAGCCGGGGAUACAAAAUCUGGCAUGACACCGGGGCACUGCAGAUAAUAUUUUUUAACUUCAGUUAAAAAGUGUCUGUGUCAAUUUUGUGUUGAGCUGUUUUUAAAAAGCAUAAUGUUUAAUAAACAUUUCAAUAAAGCAAACAAAUUGUCCUCACCCA